AGCCGGCGGUCAAGACAUCCGACAGGAGCAGAAAUGAGAAAAUCCUUCAGGAGCCUGAACCAUUGGAUGAAAUAGCUUGGAUUGCACGGACAUUAUUCAAGAAAAGGGUGCUUAAUUUCUUUGGAGAACGCGUUAAAUACUGUGACAACAAAAGGGAUCCUGGGCUCUCCAGUUUAUAAGACGCGCGCACAGUCUACGCUCUCAUAGGACUGAACGGACGCGCAAAGUUCUCUCUAGUGGACCUUACAUUUAUUUGCAUUGUUUUAAUGCAUUGGAGUUUGUUUUUAUUAAUCAGAAUAUUUUUUGCGCGCAUUGAAUUGGAAAUUUAAACAUGGGACAUGCUCCGUUUUGUACUCGUUUGGAUUUGUGUUGAGCGACCUGGAAACGUUACGCAUCGAAUAAUAAUGUAAAAAUCGUUUCUUUAAGAGUACAUUCAGAUUUCCAUGCAUCGUGGAUAUAAGGCUGUGCGGUUUUAUGUUGGAAUUGAGGUACAACCAAUUAUUGUUACCUAAUAUCUUACUUUCACAUAUUUAAAUAUUAAUGCAGCAUUAUCAUGCAUGCAUGUGAAAUGCAAUACUUUAGUUUUUGGUAAGAAUGUUAUAAAUAUAUAGUUAUUCACGUUUUUAAAUUGGCUCUUAAAAUGGACACCUGGUAGACACAAAAUAAAAAAAAUGAUUGUGUUCAUGUACCGAAAAUGGAGUGGAUUGCCACAAGGGCUUGUUUGUUUUAAUUUUAUUUUUUAACUCUCUGUUACAAACAAAGAUUAAGGAAUUUAAGUCCAGUGGAAACUGAAGAUGAACUCUAAUUAUAAUAGCGUUGGAUUCCACAUGAAAGGGCCGUCGGUGGCUGUUGAGCCGAUGAUGGGGCCCCUAAAUGAAUCCCCUAUGCAGGGACUUAACUUCAUCUCGAAUAGAGACCAGUAUGGAUUCCAGUCUCAUGGCCAUGGGGAUAUGCUCAGUAUGGGAGUUCAGCCGCAACAUCAACUCCACAUGCAAGGACCGUUCAACCAUCAACCGCCUAACCAUGAGCAGCAUUCACAUCUGUAUCAGGACAACGUGCCCUCCUGCUUGCAUGGGGACAGACACAUGGGCUUUAACAGCACCAAUGCAGGUCAUCCGCAUAUGUUUGAAGCAGGAUUUGGUCAGCAGCUCACAGAGGUGCAGCCGCAGCAACAGAGAAUGGCAACAAUGCCAGAGUUUCAGCCUCACGGACACCAUAAUGGUAACCAUGCAGUUCCAGCGCCGUGUUUGCCCCUAGAUCAGUCGCCUAACCGCGCUGCAUCAUUCCACGGCCUGCCCUCUUCCUCACCUGAAACUCACAGACUUGAACAUUAUAGACUCUUCCCUCAGGGUAGGUUGGGCGGAUCAGAGCAUUGUUUUCCCUGUGAUCCUCUGUCAGGGAAUUUUGAUAUGACGGGAUUCUCUACCGUGGAAUCCUCAGAGCCCAAACUCUCCUAUUGUGACACAGGGAACCAAGUUGUCGGGGGCCCUUUUUCCACUUGCAAUCGAAAUGGUUCACGAGGGCCCAUGGGCGGCUCGAAAGAAGACCAACAGCUACCUCAACAAAAUGUGUUUUCGGACAGAUUUGGGAAUAGGGGGAAAAUAGAUCCAGGGGUUAACGCUAGACACCACCUCAUGGCGCAGCAAAGAGCCGGACCUGUUUCUAGGCAGAACCCUGGUUCCCCUGCUCAUCCUCGGUUUUAUCACACCCCGGAUUAUGUACCGAAUAGUACAGACAUUCAAGGUGGUGGCUCAAUGGCCCAUGUUCAACAUAGCCAUUUGGAACGUCCUAUACAUAGACUGAACAGCCACAACAUGCAUCCCUUUGGAGAACCAGUAUUUGAUGUCCCUCAGCUAGCCCCACAGCCCCCCCAUCACCCUCACCUUAGCUCACUUCCAUAUCUGAAUGUGGCAAAAAGGCCACGAUUUGAUCUCAUAAAUGGGUCUGCUGGAGAGAGCUGCAGCCCCCUAAGCAACAGCUUACUUAAUCGUCCUGGUCUUGAGAACCAUCUCACCCCCUCAGCUUUCCCCUCUCCCAUGAGGGACUUCACAUCUCAUGUGACGGAUGGGUUUCCAUCAGGCCCCCUACCUCUGAGCUCCGGCCCACAGCAACAACCGCUACAGCGGCGACAAAAUGCUGCAAUGAUGAUCAAACAAAUGGCAUCCAGAAGCCAGCAGCAGAGAAUGAGGCAACCCGGCCUGCAGCAGUUAAGCCUCCACGGGGACGUUACAUCAAACAGUAUGGGUUGCAGAGGGCCUCUGGGUACUGUGUCUCAGUCAAAUUUUGAGAAAAAGCAUAAUUUUCAUGGAAACUUUGACAGUCCCCACCUACCUCAAGAAAACUCAUGGUUUCCAGAGCCACAGCAGCAUUGUAGGGAAACAAACACUCAUGCCUUAGAGCAGACUGAGAAUGGACACAAUAUUAUUUUUAGGCAAGGAGUCACAAGCAUGGACAUGCAGUCUUUGAAUUCUCCAGGAGUGCAUCUUCCAUUUGAAAAUAAUGUCAGCAAUUCUCUGCAGAUGCAGGCUCCUGAUGAGGGCAACAUGCAGUCGGGCGCACCCACGGAUAGGAGGCCGGCUGAAUUUGGAGGAAUUGCAAUGCGGAGGCAGCAUAGUUUUCCUCCUGGAGGGCAGAAUCAACAGGGAGCCCCCCAAAGCAAUCCUCCAGGAUUCAGCGGCUCUCCAGGGAACUAUCCCCCCCAUCCUGAGUACCUCUCCAGCCAGCACCUGUCAGUCAAUAAGCUUGGGGCCCUCUCUUUGGGGAAUUUGAACAAAGCCAGUACUAAAGACAGUGUGUUUGGCCAAAGCUGUCUGGCAGCUCUUUCCACUGCCUGCCAGAAUAUGAUUGCCAGCCUUGGGGCCCCAAACCUCAAUGUGACUUUUAAUAAGAAAAGUCAAAAUGAGGCCAAACGCAAAGCAGGUCAGGUUGAGCAGGACAUAAAUAGCAGUGGCACUAGCGGAGCUUGCGGCCCAGGGGCAGAGUAUUUCCACAGCAAUGCUUCUCAGAAUAGUCAAACGCCUUGCUCUGGGAAUAACAACAAUAUGAUGGCAGGUCAAAGUGGUACAGGCCAGAUUGCAAAAAGGGAAGUGAGCACCCUUUCCCCAAACAACAACAUGGAGUCUGGAUGUGAGGGGAAAAUGGCAACAGGCAAUGGCAAAGGGAGGGGGAAGAAGAGACGCGAUAGCGGGCACAUAAGUCCCGGAAACUUCUCCCCUCCUUGUAAUCCUGUUGUCAGUCCAAGUCAGCAAAGUUCUGCUUUGAGCAUGGGCAUGGAGAGCAGAGGUAAAACUCCAGAGAGGUCCCUGGUCUCCCCUUCCUUCGGAAAACCUGACCUUGCGACCUCGAUGGACAGCGGAAUUCAAAGCGUGGGCAAGUCGGAUGGCGUUUCGCCAUGCAUGGAUUAUUUAGACGAAGCCAGCCCUAACUACAACAACGAGGAUGCAAGGCCUUGCAGAGCUGGCGUGAAGUGUAAUUCUGAAAACAGGGGCAGCUACGGUGAAGCUCCGUGCAUGGAACAGGUGCGGACAUCAUUGAGCAGCACAGGCCAGGAUGAGGUCCAUCCUCUGGAGAUUUUGCAGGCUCAAAUCCAGCUGCAAAGACAGCAGUUCAGCAUCUCCGAGGACCCGCCGCUGGGAGGAAAAACAGACAAAAAGACAGACUGCCAGAGUGGACUAAACGGGGAAUGCUCCCUGGCCAAUUUAAGCCCGGUUGCAGGGAAGGGCUCUGUGAAUACCAUUGACCUUGACUCUCUCAUGACAGAGCAGCAUGCCACCUGGUAUGUCCCUGGCAACAAGGCUCUGAUAGAGGACCCCGCUAAUGACAAGUGCCUAGGAUUCUGGGAUAGAGCACGAGGCCAGAGUGACAACAAAGAAGGACAUGGGUAGAAGUGCUCCUCGGAUGGCCAUCGGUGGCUCCUUAGCGUAUUACUAAAAAGGUGCUGCAUGAUCUCGCUGCGGGGGUGGGUAUAGGACCUGGAGGAAGCCACCUGCGGUGCCCGGAUCCUCGGG